GAAACUGAGGACGAGAUUUACGAGAAAGCUCCACGAGUUAGAAGAGGCUUUGAAAACUAUUGAGAACCGCGCGUCACGCAGAUCAAAGGUGGACCGCGAGUGGUUGCUAGUGGACGAGAUAUUCGAGCAACUAAAGGAAGAAAAUAAAAUCAUCACCCCACUCUUGCUCAAGUGCGCCCCCGAGCAGUUCGAGGCGGCAGCUGAACGAGCCUUCGACUAUGAGGACGCGUAUUUCCGUGUGUACUUCGACGUGAAAGCGCUCCGAGCAGAAGAGACACGGUCGGCAGAAGAACAGAAGGUGACAGAUUUAUCCACCUCGUUUGCCAAGCUCGGGAACUUCAACAAACACUUCAAGAUUCCGAAAUUUUCCGGGGACUAUAGGAAAUUUCGUGAAUGGUGGCAGAUCUUCGAUGCUCACGUGCACAAGAAGACGCUGGAUCCGGUGGAAAAGUAUUCGUAUCUGAAACAAUCGCUUGUGGGACCGGCGGCUGCGGAGAUCGCGCAUCUCGAGUUUUCCGCCGAUCAAUACCAAGUGGCAAUGGACACAAUCGAGGCGAAGUUUGGAGCUCCGAAGGAUGCCGAGAAGGAACACGUACAACAACUCCAGAGACUGUUCCAGGCCCGGGAUCUUCACAUAAACGAUAAGCUUUUCAAAUUCAUUAGUUCGUUGUCCCAAAACGUGAAGGCACUGAUAGCGCUGGGAAAGACAUACGAGUCUUUAUCCACGAUGGUGACCCCGAACGUGCUCAACGCACUGCCGGUACAAAUGAGAGAAAGUUUCAGUAGGAAGAACUUCGAGAAUCUCGCCAAAGCGGAUGCGGACAACGAAUUAAAACUCCUUUUGGAAUAUUUGGAUAGAGAAGCGGCGAUCAAAAGAGCAUGUCAAACUCUUGACCCGCAAACAGAUACCAAUGCUAGAGGGGCGAGCUAUGGCAGGGGAUUCGUAAAUAAUCCCGGAAACUACCAAGGCGCCAGGGCUCGCCAUAAUAGUUAUCGGCCAGGUAGGGACAGCGUGGCUUUUCUCGCAAAGGAUUCCGAGGUAGACCAUUCCUGCCUUUUCUGCGCAGGCACGAAACACGAGAGUAAAGCCUGCAAGAAGCCCUUGUCGGUGAAAGAGAGGAGGGAGGUUUGCGAGAGGAGCAACGCCUGUUUCAAAUGCCUGCAUAGGAAUCAUCAUGCCAAGAAUUGUAGGGUCAGAAAUGUGAAGUGCGACGUUUGUGGGAGAGCUCACUAUCCAAUAAUUUGCGAGAAGAGAGAGGCUGAUGGGGAAAAGGUGAAGGCUUUCUCAGCGACAGUCGCUUCAGGCACGGUAGACUCGACAUCGAAUGAGAUCAAAUACUUCCAAACCGGCCUAGUCUGGGUGCUCGGUCGGUACCGUAAGAAGGUUUUCAGAUUCAUUCUGGAUUCCGGCGCUGAGCGCUCAUACGUCUCGCGGAAGGUAACCCAGGCUCUGGCUCUGGACCCUAUCGGCAGGGAGAACCUCGCGACACUCACGAUAGGCGGAGAAAUUUCGGACUACAAGAAUCACGAUGUGUAUCAUCUAAGGUUACGGGGCAGAUUCAAUAGCACGAGUACGGUUGCGAUCCCAGCGGUAGAAGUUCCUGAGAUAGCAAAGGGCGAGUUCCCAAUCAUGCGGGACGGUCGUGGUCUUUUCCCGUUGGCUGAUCACGGCGGCUCGCUAGAGACGUCAACGGUCGACAUUCUUGUCGGGCAGGACGCUUUGGCGAGCUUGCUUAAAGGCGAAGAGCGGAUCUUUGACAAUAAGGUCGUGGCAACGAGUACCAUUUUCGGCUGGGUCCUCUCUGGAAGGGGAGAGCCUGAGGGCGAGCUACACCAGGAGCAAAUGGUUUUUCUGGCAUCUAGUCGGUUCCAACCGGGCACAAGGUUAAAAUCCUCCGAGACCAUAAAUCUUUCCACGUUGAUUAACCGACGGGAAGAUGUGGAAUAUGUUCAGGUCGCGGAGGGUCCUCUGAUGAGUUCAGAUACCGUAGACUCGACAGCAGAGGCAGAGCUCGAGAAGUUUUUCAAAAACAACAUCCAGCGGUUAAACGAAAACCGAUACAUGGUAAGCCUGCCUUUCAACGACAAGUUGAGAUUCCUGGGUGAUAACGAAAAUAUAGCUAGAGGCAGCCUCAGUCGGUUUCUGCGGAAGGCACGCGACAAGAAAGAUCUUCUCCGAUCAGUGGACGAGGAAAUUCAGAAAUAUGUCCAGAUGGGCUACGCUGAGCCAGCGACUCCAAAGAAACCCGGAGAACUCGUCCAUUAUUUGCCGAUUCUCCCGGUAAUAAAGAGAACAGCGACUGGUCAAAUCGCGAAAGUACGCGUUGUGAAGGAUGCAGGCGCACGUAGAAAGGAUGAAGCAGCCCUGAACGAUGUCUUACAUUGCGGCGCCAAUUUGCUGCCUGACAUUAUCAAGGUGCUCCUCAGAUUUCGAAAACAGGAAAUCGCGAUCGUCGCAGACAUCCAAAAGGCAUUUUUACAAUACAAGAUCCACCCUGAUCAUCGAACUUUCCUCCGCUUCUUUUGGCCAAUCGGCGUAUCGGAGAACCCGCACGCGCCUAUUAAGGAGUUAUGGAGUACGGUGCUGGAUUUCGGUAUCGUGUCCAGCCCUUUCAUACAUUGCGCAGGUCUGAAAUACCACAUUCGGCAGCUGAAGCGAGACCACCCAGAGAAAGCUGGCUUGCUAGAGGACAUCGAGAAUCAUUUCUACGUUGACGAUCUCGUAACCAGCGCAGACUCAGCGCAAUCAGGUCUCGAAAUUUGUCGGUUUAUGUUGGACUCGUUCAACGAGGGAGGUUUUAGGCUCCAGAGGUGGGCUACCAACAGCGCUGAGUUGGGCAGACGCAUGGAGGCGACGGCAGAAAUAGAGGGCUUGCAAGUGAACUACGGGCAAACGGAUUUCAGGUUCCUCGGCUUGGGCUGGGACCUGGGGUCCGACCAGCUCCACAUACCGGUACAAGCGGCUGUGUCCACUCUGCGAGCGAAUCAACCCACGAAGCGCACGCUGUUGAAAGGUACCGCGCAGGUUUUCGAUCCCUUGGGACUGAUCGCUCCGAUCACGAUAAAGGCGAAGACGUUGAUACAGAGGUUAUGGAUUGCGAAGCGAUCUUGGGACGAGCCCCUCGGCGGCGAAGAGUUAGAAGCGUUUUCGGACUUCGUUAGCGUUCUCGAGCAGGUGAACAGAGUGCGAGUCGACAGAAACACGCUCUCUUCUCCGUCGGCUCCACGGCGAACCGAGUUACAUGCGUUCUGUGACGCUUCUCUAGCAGCUUACGGAGUAGUGGUAUACAUUCGGGAGGUCUCGGAUCAGGAGGGCCCGAAGUCGCAUUGGUUAGCAGCCAAGGCGAGGGUGGCACCACUAAGAGCAGAAUUCACCAUUCAUAGGUUAGAAUUGAUCAGCGCAGUGUUGGCGGCGAGACUCGUGCAGAGGGUCCGGGAGUACUUCAAUUAUCAUUUCGACUCAAUCUUUUUUUGGUCGGACAACUCGCCCACACUGCAUUGGAUAAGAGACGCUCCAAGUAGAUGGAAACCCUUCGUGGCGAAUCGCAUAAGGGAAAUUCAGUCGCUCUCAGAUCCCUCGGCCUGGAAUUAUGUAGCCUCCGCGGAUAAUCCGGCAGAUCUGCUGAGCAGAGGCGUCUCGGUCACCGAGGGAGAGGCGAUGGACAUGUGGCUGAGAGGUCCUCCUUGGCUCUCCAGGAACGGGCGCCCGGAAAAACCCCAUCAAUUGAACGAGUUGUUCGACAAUGAACUCAAGGUCGAGAGCGAAAAAUCGAGAUCGGCAUGCCUCUCUGCUCGGGCAGCAGCGUCGGAGGUUGACGUCUUCCAGAAUUGUGAUCGAGUGUCAUCGUGGUCUGUGGUUGUCAACAGUACGGCGCGGAUAUUGAGAUGGCUCGCGAUCGUGAGAGGCGCUCGUGAGCGAGCAGCGUCAGGCGCACCCGUAUCCACAGCCGAAGCCAUGAAGGCAGAGGAGGCUAUUAUCAAGUCGAUACAAAAACGCCACUUCGAUUUAGAGAUCAAUUCAAAUUGUAAAGAGGUUCCGAAGGAGAGGAAUGAUAAUGCAGUGCGCUUGCUGAUCCGUUUCUUUCACGAAAAGCGACUAUAUCAUGUCGGCGGCGUAGCUUUCACCCUCAAUGCUCUAAGACGGAAGUUUUACAUCCUAUCGGCAAGACGCACAACCAGGAGUGUCCUCAGGGACUGUGUCGAUCAUGCGGGACCCAUUCCCUUCAGGAAUGCGAUGAAUGAAGUCUGCAAAGGCUACAUUUUGCUAUUCGUUUGUUCAGCGACUAGAGCCGUCCACCUAGAGCUGGUACCGGAUAUGUCCACGGAGCAGUUUCUGUUGUCGCUAAGAAAGUUUCUGAACCGAUUCCGCUCCACUACCAAAAUCAUAUCCGAUAACGGUAGGUCUUUUGUGCGCGCCGCGAAAGAGCUAAAAAUAUUAUUCGACCAUGCGAGAGCGCCUCGGGUACAACAACAUCUGGUCAAUCAAUCCAUAACGUGGGAGUUUAUCACGGCGAGAGCUCCGUGGCAAGGCGGAUGGUACGAGAGGAUGGUCCAGACCAUAAAGCGCCCUUUGAGGAGAAUUCUGGGCAAGAAUACACUCUCUUUCAGAGAGCUGGAGGUUGUCCUUUCAGACGUGGAAGCACUGGUGAACGAAAGACCAUUAACGGCGAUACAGACCGAUCCGAACGAGAUUAGAGCCCUUAGCCCAGCCGAACUGGUGUCAGCGAAUAAUCUCCGAGUGCCGCUUCCAGAGGUGGAAUGCGAGCCGAAGGACCCGUCGGCUUACAAGUCAUUGGUGCUUUCCAAAAGAUGGAUGUACUACCAGUCGAUCAUGAAAAGUUUCCGCAAAAGAUUCAAAGAGGAGUAUUUACAAUAUCUUCGCUCAGCACAUCUUCGCACACCAGUGACCAGGAGAUCUUUGCAGCCGGGCGACAUUUGCUUACUGAAAGACUCAGACACGUCGCGGAAUCACUGGCCGCUCUGUAGAGUUCUGAGCCUUUCGGGGGGGGAGAGGUCAGACCGCCUCAAACGAUCCUGUCUCAUCAAACUCGCAACCGGUCAAACUUAUAGCCGACCGAUUCAACUCCUCUAUCCGUUGGAGGUCUAA